ACCGGGAGCUCUUGCAUUCGCAGGCGCGGACGCGGGUACCUGUACAACCGUGUACACCAGUUGCUCCAGAAGCAAUGGAUGCACCUUUUUAAAAAGUCAAGACUCCCGCCUUUUUCUUCACCUCCACGAAACAUCACCACUUCCACCUUCGGCUCGUCGCUUGCAUUUACGUCACGUCGAACUUUCCCUUCUUUCUACUCUUCCAACAGCAAAAUGUCUUCUGAGGAGAUCACCCACCCUACCAUCAAGGAUGGCUGGUUCCGAGAGAUCUCGGACAUGUGGCCCGGUAGGCACAUACAAUCCUUUCAGAUAACGGCUUUCAAUUCUUACCCUACCAAAUAGGCCAUGCCAUGACCCUCCGCGUCGAGAAGGUCCUCGUCCACGAGAAGAGCAAGUACCAGGAUGUCCUCAUCUUCAAGUCCACCGACUUCGGCAACGUUCUGGUCCUCGACAACGUUAUCCAGUGCACCGAGCGUGACGAGUUCUCCUACCAGGAGAUGAUCGCCCACCUCGCCCUCAACUCCCACCCCAACCCCAAGAAGGUUCUUGUCAUUGGUGGUGGUGACGGUGGUGUUCUCCGUGAGAUCGUCAAGCACGACUGUGUUGAGGAGGCCACCCUCUGCGACAUCGACGAGGCUGUUGUCCGCCUCUCCAAGGAGCACCUCCCCUCCAUGGCCUGCGGUUUCGACCACCCCAAGUCCAAGACCCACAUUGGCGAUGGCUUCAAGUUCCUCAACGACUACAAGAACGAGUUCGACGUCAUCAUCACCGACUCCUCCGAUCCCGAUGGUCCCGCCGAGGCUCUCUUCCAGAAGAGCUACUUCCAGCUCCUCCACGACGCUCUCCGCGAGGGCGGUGUCAUUACUACUCAAGGUUGUAUGUUCCCUAUUUUCUUGAGGAGAGUAACUGGCGUCCCUAGGAACGGCAGAAUCGGGGAACCCUCCCAGAUCAAAGUUGAUCGCUGUGGCUGGGAUCUCCCUCGAUGGGUACAUUUUGGUGCCGCUUCCCUCCUAGGGGCUCCCAGAAGCUAGUGCUGCUUUCCCAGCUCUGCUUCCGGUAGUCCCGCGAUAGCAUGCAUUUCGUUUGUUGAUUAACGUGUGCCGCGUUCGUCCGUUCAGUUCUGCUGUUCCUGAUCCGCCAUGUUAUUGUUGUAUUGCAUAGUAGUUUCUUCUGGGACUACACUGACUCGUUAACUUGCUUACAGCCGAGAGCCCCUGGCUUCACCUCCCCCUCAUCACCCGCCUCAAGAAGGAUUGCCAGGCUAUCUUCCCCGUCGCCGAGUACGCCUACACCACCAUCCCUACCUACCCCUCCGGUCAGAUUGGCUUCAUGGUCUGCUCCAAGGACCCCAAGGCCGAUGUCAAGACCCCUCUCCGAUCCUGGACCAAGGAGGAGGAGGACGCCAAGUGCCGAUACUACUCUGCUGAGAUUCACAAGGCCAGCUUCGUCCUUCCCAAGUUCGCCCAGAAGGCUCUUGAGUAAGGCCGUGUACCAUGUCGAGGAUCUUUGAGUAGGAUGGCUGGCUACUUUUAUGAGUUUACGCAGGAUAGGGAUCAACGGAGAUAAAAAAGAAAUGACCAAGGUGGUCACACAUAGAUUAACACGGACGCAAAGGUAUAUAUGUGUUCCAAAAAGGAAAAGACUCUGGCGUUUUACUGCAAAUUGAGUCAUGAAAUAAAGGAUUUUGGUCCCUCGCUCAAUAUAUCCUACGUCAUUGUCCCGUGAUGCAUUUCGAUCUUAGCUGUUAUAUGCCGCUCAAAGGGGUAGCAGUCUCGAGACUCUCAAGGCUCCUCAAACUGAACCUUUCCCUCGCUUACAUCAGGGUAUACAUCAAACCUUCGUUGAGUGUUCAAUGGGAUGUUCUUCCUCGCUUCGGUAAUCUUCUCAGGGUCGAGUUCCCAGUCGACAGUGGUCUCCUUCUCGUCUGCUUCAACCUGAACCUGCGCCAUUGGGUCGGCGACAAGACUGUGGCCGUAAGCAGGAUAGCCCGUUUCAGCGCGUGCGGGACUGCAGAGAGCUACAUAGAGCUGGUUAUCGGCAGCUCGAGCUCUACCGAGCAAUUGCCAGUGAAGAGGGCCGGUUGUGGUGUUGAAAGCGCCAGGAUAGAUAAGGGCAAAGGCACCCUUUCGAGCUGCAAUGGUGGCUAGUUCAGGGAAGCGAACGUCGUAGCAGAUAGCAACAGCAAUCUUGCCGUACUCAGGAAGAUCAACAAGUGUCACCUUGUUACCAGGGCUGAGAAUAUCUGACUCGCGGAAUGUGAUUUUGCCAGGGAUGUCGAUAUCAAAAAGAUGCACCUUACGAUGUGUACCCAACAAGGCACCGUCGGGCCCAAAGAUGAGAGUUGUGUUAUAAUACUUCUUCGUAUCCGGGCUGUAUUCUGGAAUUGACCCACCAACGAGGUAGACUUUGUUAUCAGCGGCCAUUGCUGAGAGGGCGUGAUAAGAGGGCGCAGCAUCGUUAGACGGCGGACUAGGUUGUAGAGUCUCUGCAUAUUGAGGGAAGUGAUCUGUUCCAUAAGGCGAGUUGAAGCAUUCUGGCAGAACAACAAUCUUUGCUCCCAAAGAAGCUGCUCGGGCUACGUGUGAGGCUGCACUAUCGAGGUUGGCCUUCUUGUCAGAGCCAGAAGCGAGUUGAAUGAGAGACAGCUUGACACGCUGCUUAAGAACUGGUUCAGUGAUAGACGACAUCUUGCGGAUGAUGGAGGGGUUGCUUCGUUGGAAUAGUGAGAGCGGUGAUACUGAGGUCGUUAAAGAUCGAGAUGCAAGCGCGAGUCGGCUAAGGACAGUUCGCAUCGUUUAAGAGUAAAACCAGCAAGUUAUGAAGAUGGCGAAAGAUAUGGAAAUAGUGAUGAGGGUUGGUGCCGGCAUCGGGGUACGAGUGAUGUGAUCCAAUGGAAGUGGGGGUGGGGUUCAUUACGAAAUAGUAAAGCUCUCGGUAUGACGCGGGGCAAGAGGAGGAGAUGCUAUUCGUCAAAUGCUGUAUUAAUGAAUGAGUUGACCAAGAGACAACCAUUGAAUAGCCUACAGUUACCGCGAUAAUUUGAGAGAUUAUUUAGGGGAACCGCAGUGUUAUUAAGAUAAGGAGAUACACAUGAGAUACACAGAACCUCAUACGAAUCACUCAACAGUUGACGACCCAGGCAAAUCGGUUGUAUCUCAGGCGCUCUAGGCUUGAUGUCGAGUAUACGAGUUAAGAAACAGAUCGGCACAGCUACAAAUGUCAUAUUUCGAG